CACGUGACCGGGCGCGUCAAUGCGCACUGGAGACUGGAGACGGGGCAAGGGCACCAAAAACCAUCCGCCUCAUUCACACACACACAGGCCGAGAGAGAGAGAGGUCGGCUCGUCUUCUGCCACAGUCGCACGCGGAAACUUCGUGUGAGAAUCGCGCUGGAUUAUUCUUAUUUUUUUUUAUUUGGAGGGAUUCGCUUGCUCGUGCGUCGCGUCUCGCUCUCUCUCUCUCUCUUUCUCUCGGAGAUCCAGUCCUGGAUUUGCUCGCCAGCAGACACACAUCGUCGAUAGACGGUCCUCGGCACUCGGACUCGGACUCAGCGGUUUCUGGAUUUAAUGCCGCUCAAGAUUUGGGGUCUGUUUGUUGGAUCUUAGACGCAAUUCAGCCCCCGGAAUCGCGAGAUGCUCUGACCGUAUCGCCGAGCGUUGUGUGUGGGACGCUCCGCCAGGAGAACCAUCCCAGCUGGCUCUCCCUCUCGGUUCUCCAUCAGACCGCCCGGGGCUGACGGUCGUGGGCCCCCGCGGGAGACGCUGACUGUCCCGUGCGGCGUGGCUGUUUUUCGGCGACACAGCGCGCAGGAGAAGGCGGCAGAGACUGGCGUUUGCCACGGACUCCCUCUGCUUUCCCAGCUCCCAGCUUUUCCACCGUCUCUUCUCAGGCUGCUUGUCACUGCCUGGACUCGGAUCCCGGAAUCUUCAUGAUUUGCGGACACCAUGCUCGUUUUUUAGCCGGGGAAACCUCUUUUCGUCCCGUAUGUUUAGGACCAAACGAUCGGGGCUCGUCCGGCGACUCUGGAGGAGCCGCGCGCCCGUGGAGGGCGACGGGGAGGCGGAUAGAGGGACACAUGGCUCCGGGGGCUGCUGCAUGGGCAAAACGACAAAGGUGGCCAAGUGCAACGCCGGGUCCGAGGCGGAACUGAAGGCGUUGACCCACUCCAUUUUGAAAAAGAUGAAAGAGAAACAGUUGGAGGUGCUUUUGCAGGCGGUGGAGUCUAAAGGGGGAGCCCGGAGCCCCUGCCUGCUGCUGCCCGGCAAAGUGGACGCCAAAGUGGGUCAGCUGUCUUACUCCCUCCCCACGCUGCUCUACAAAGUGUUCCGGUGGCCGGACCUCAGGCUUGGCUCCGAGCUCAAGAGGCUGUCGUGCUGUGAAUCCUACGGGAAAAUCAACCCGGAGCUCGUCUGCUGCAACCCGCACCACAUGAGCAGACUGUGUGAACUCGAGUCUCCUCCUCCUCCAUAUUCACGUUACCCCAUGGACUAUCUUAAACCACCAGAUUCUCCAGACUCUGGACCUUCAUCCAGCGAUACUGGGGGAACCACCUAUUCGGCCCCUGUGGGGCUUUCAGAUUCCCUGGCGUUGCAGGAGUCUGGCGAUCAGGCCCAUUGGUGCGUGGUGGCAUACUGGGAGGAGAAGACACGCGUUGGGCGCCUCUACUCAGUCCAGGAGUCCUCUCUGGACAUCUUCUACGAUCUACCUCAGGGGAACGGCUUCUGUCUGGGCCAGCUUUGCUCUGACAACAAGUCCCAGCUGGUGCAGAUGGUGCGGGCCAAGAUCGGCUAUGGCAUCCAGCUGACGCGAGAGCCUGACGGAGUGUGGGUCUACAAUCGCAGCUGCUACCCCAUCUUCAUCAAGUCAGCCACACUGGACAACCCGGACUCGCGGACAUUACUGGUGCACAAAGUGUUCCCCGGUUUCUCCAUCAAAGCUUUUGACUAUGACAAGGCCGGGACCCUACAAAGGCCAAAUGACCACGAGUUCACACAGCAGCCUCGGACGGGCUUCACGGUCCAGAUAAGCUUUGUGAAAGGAUGGGGACAGUGCUACACGAGACAGUUCAUCAGCAGCUGCCCCUGCUGGCUGGAAGUCAUCUUCAACACGCGAUAGCAGCGACUGGCCUCGUCUUGAUCCUCCGCCUACAGACUUUAUCCACUUUUUUUGUUCCAACAGAAGAAGGUUUUAAGAGGACGAAGAAAGUAUACGACUCUGACGGACUUUGUUUCAUAAAGAUUUAAUUAAAUAAGAAGCGAAAAAAUGUAUUUUAUGUUAUAUAUAAAUAUAUAUGAAUAUAUUAUUAAUUGUAAAUACGAAGACGUUUUAUAUGCAUCAUUAUUUAUGUAUUGUGCAAUGUGUUGAUGAGAAAAUGAAAAUAAGAUGCACUUUGCUUAAUAUAAAUGCAAAACAGAGAAAUUCCGAAAUAAAAAAAAAAAAGA